AUGGCAGCCGCAUUUGCUGAUGAAGUCGGGGAUACCCCUCCAAAACCAUUGAAGCGCUAUUUGGAGUAUAGUAGUGCAUGGACACGCUCUGAUGCUGAAACAAUUGGUGUGUUCUAUAAUGAUUCUGGUCUUAUGGAGCGCGAUGAAUGGAGAGCAAUCCUGAGGCGCAAAAUUGAGGACACUGGUUACCAGUCGCCACAUUUUUAUGAUGAACAAUGGAAACGCAGGGUAAAACGUUUCUGUAAUUUGAUGGAAGAUGUCCACUACUGCCAUGAGUUGCCUAAGGCUGAUAAAUUACUCCAGGUGUUGGCAAGGCCUAGGCCCCCUAGCCCUAGGCCUAGGCCAAGCCAUGAGCAGCAUCGAAGCUCGGACUCCGAGUCUGAUUCUUAUAGUAGUAGGCCUACCGGAAGUUCUGAUGGUAGGCCUAUUGAUGGUGUGCCAGCUGAUUCAGAACAAGGAGCACCCUCUAAAAAGUUCAAGUCGUCGUCUGAACCUGACGACAGCAUGUCACACUCACACUCGCAGUCGCAGACACAGACGAGAGCCAGCCGAAAAAAUAUUUCUGAAAAUGAGGACGAGGUAUGCCUAAUCACUGAUCAGUUGCUGCAAUUGACUGCUGCAGAAGAAAGGCUAUUAUAUUAUCAGACGAAAUAUAUCCAAGAAGGUCGCACAGAUGCCAUUGAAUUCAUUUCAUAUACAGUGGAGUUUUUGAAAACCUUUGAAGCAAUUUUGUCAUUUUGGCUUGAUGGUGUCAUCCCUCCCGAGGCAGCUUUCCAACAUCUUUUCCAAACUUAUGCAGCCAUAUUCAGGAUUCCUUUCAGACCAGGCAGUAUUCUUGGCAAACGAUCCACACCAGUAUUUGGAACUGCAGUGAAAUGUGUACCAGACCUUCUUUACACAGAGUGUUUUCUAGACAAAGAGACCCGCACCCAAUGUAACUAUGUUGUUACUGUUGCUGAAGUGAAAUUGGCUUGUGAAGAUAAACAAUCUCCUCCUAAUAUGAGUCCUAAGGGCAUGACACUUCGUUCAGCUGAAAAUUCAUCUGGAUUCAACAGAAUGUCAAGUCCGACUACAUCUUCAAUGGCUGAUAUUCCACUUCCUGAUGGUGUAAAAGGACAGCAUGCGAUUCAGCUAUUGACAGAAGUGUCAUUGGCAUUACCAGACCGAUAUGACCCCAAAAAAAAGAGUAUGUUAGGAUUAAUUGUACAGGCCACAAAGGUUCGUCUGACAUAUUUUGAGAUCAGCAAGGAUCACCUCAACCUAAUACAACAGGGCACAGUGCCUACAAACCUCGGAGGUAAUACUGCAACAGUGCGCUAUUCCCAGGCAUAUGAUAUAUUCAUUAAAGAAGACCGGGAGGAUUUGGUUCACAUGAUGGUGGGCCUAGCUGCCAUUGGACACAAUUACAGAAAAACACCUUUUUAUCGAUAUUUGAUGUGAAACUUGAACCUGUCUCAUGACUUACUAAGUCAUGUAUCUGAAGUGUAUCGCACAUUGCUCCUUUACAGGGUGUAUAAAAAAGUCAUUGUCACAGAAAAUGCCCUAAAAAUCCGAGAAGUUACCUAGAAAACAAAGUUGGGUAGUGUCAUGUGUAGUGGCAUGCAUUGACAACAUCUGACCCAAAGUGCACACAGCUGUGAGUGACAAUUAUAUUUGGUGCUCUGUGCAAGCAAUAGUGAAGGGUAUAUUCAUUUGUGAGAGGCAGGUUGAGUGAAUGGACAUCUUUGACGGCCUUGUUUUGAAGGAAGCUCCACAAAUCAAUAGCCAGUUGUCUGACAAUUCAUAUCAACUUUUGUAAGCAAGAUGGGUAGGAAAGGGAUAGUUUACUUUUUUGGGGGGCCAGAGCAGACAUUAUUAUCAAGAUUGUUCUCAAGAGCGCUAAAUGUAUAUGCCGUGGGUGCUUCUAAAACUUGCUGGGUAUUGCUGUCAGGGCCCAUUGAUAGAGCAUCAUUUUCGGCGAUGUCGUGUGUGUAUUGAUAUUGAUUAGUCACCUUCUGAAUACACCACCAAGUUAUGAUAUCCACGGCCAGUGCAAGUGCAAGUGAAAGUGUUAGGCCGUGUUCUUUUGUAGUGGCAUCAGAUGCCAUGAGUACUAUCCUUUCUACCAGCGUCAAACGACGUUAUUUGCCAAGGUUCUUCUGAAAAGGCAUUAUUGCACUUAGUGCUUCUAAACCUGACAUGCUGUCACUGUCCGUGCUCUUAGAAAAACUCUUUUUUUGUGUUUUCUUACAUUUGCGUUUACUGGAAAGAAUAUCAACUCGUAAUUCAUCA